UAUAAAACCGAACUUUGUGGCUCUUGUGAAAUAGUUGUCCUCUUCUCUAACAUCUCAACAAAGAAAACGAUUACAAAAGAGAAGAGGUAUCAAAAAAGACCAGAAUCUUUUAACAUUUUGAAACAAAUGGCGUCCAAAGCCAUCUUCUUCUUCUUCUUUGUCUCCGCCGUGUGCCUGUCCUCUCUCGCCCGCGUGGCCAUCGCUGACGCCGAUGACUUUGACCGUUUCCAAAUUCAAGGAUCGGUUUAUUGUGACACAUGCCGUGUCCAAUUCGUUACCCGCCUCAGCAAGUUCCUUGAAGGAGCGAAAGUGAAGCUAGAGUGCAGGAGCAGAACAAACGGAACCGUAACAUUGACAAAAGAAGCCGUCACGGACAAAACAGGGAGCUACAGAAUGGAAGUGACCGGUGACCACGAGGAGGAAGUUUGCGAGCUUGUGCUCGUCGAAUCACCAGACAGUGGUUGCAGUGACGUUAGCAAAGAGGCUUACCUACGUAACGCUGCUAAGAUCAGCUUGACCGCGAAUGAUGGAAUCGUCUCUCACGAGACACGUAUUGUUAACCCUCUCGGUUUCAUGGUUAAGACGCCGUCACCUGAAUGUCCCGCUGCCUUUAAGGAGCUCGGAAUCGUUCCUGAUGUCACCUUCUAAAUUUAAUGACGACUUCAAGAUCGUCGUUUAAGUGUCAUCUAUUGUUUGUUUUCUAUAUAACAAAACAAAAAAAAAAAAAUGUAAUUUGAUAAAAUAAAAAAUAAAAAAAUGCCGUAAUUAAAAUAAACUAUUAUCUAAUUUAAAUUUCUGAUUUUAUAAAUAGUGUUUGUUUUUACCUGAAAAAUGAAAUGACAGAGAGGAAUGUACAACAAAAAA